UAAUGAACAAAGAGCUCCACCCUCAUCGCUGCCACAGCCACAGCCACGGCCUCUGCGUCAAAGGCAAAGGUAAAGCAUUUUCCAGGAACUCUCUGUGCACCUCCAGCAUGGAUGCUUUUCAGCCCAUCGUCAAAUUCUUUCUUAACCAGAGAACUGCAAUUGGCUACAGCUUCAUGGCUCUGCUGACUCUGGGCAGCGAGAGGCUCUUCUCCCUCGUGGCUUUUAAGUGCCCCUGCAGCAAUGAGAACAUGGCUUACGGGCUGGUGUUCCUUUUUGCGCCUGCCUGGGUGUUACUGAUCCUAGGGUUCUUUCUGAACAACCAGGCAUGGAGGCUUUUCACAGGCUGCUGUGUAAACCCCAGGAAAAUCUUCCCCAAGGGCCACGGCGGUCGCUUCUUCUAUGUCCUUGGCCAGAUCACUCUGAGUUCACUAGUGGCUCCAGUGAUGUGGCUUUCUGUGACUUUGCUUAAUGGAACUUUCUAUGAGUGUGCCAUGAGCGGGACGAAAAGUUCCAGGAUCCUGGAUCUGAUCUGCAAGGGCAAGCCCAAAGAGUGCUGGGAGGAACUUCACAAGGUGUCUUGUGGCAAAACCAGCAUGCUGCCUGCCGACAACGAAGAAGUCAGACUAUCCCUGCAAGCCCAGUCUCAGAUUUUAGGAUGGUUCCUGAUUUGUUCAGCAUCUUUCUUCUCUCUGCUCACCACUUGCUAUGCGCGCUGCCGGUCUAAAGUUAGCUAUCUGCAGCUGAGUUUUUGGAAGACGUAUGAACAAAAGGAAAAGGAGCAUUUGGAAAACACAUUUGUGGACUACGCUGACAAGCUGAGUGAGAGGAACCUGAAAUGCUUUUUUGAAAACAAGAGGCCAGAUGCCUUUCCCCUGCCCACCUUUGCCGCCUGGGAGGCUGCUUCGGAGCUGCAUUCUUUCCACACAAGCAAGCAGCAUUACAGCACCCUCCACAAGGUGGUGGAUGAUGGUCUGGAGCCCUGCCCCCAGGAUGCUGAGACUUCGAUGAUUCUCGUAGGCACUGCCCAGGAUCUGUAGCUGCUACCCUGCCACGGACUCACAGCGCUCAGCAGUGCAUCUGUUCUGACAGCCUCCAGGGGAACCCACACCAGGCUCACAUCUCUGUAUUUUUUUCUGUGACAAAAAGGGAAACGUCUUUGAAGUUCUCAAGCACAGUAAAUGUCAGGAUGUGAUCAAGCUGACGCAGAUAAUGAGCCUGCCUGGAUGAAGGACUGGGUGCAGGAGGGGCAACCAUUGGUCCAACUUCUAAGAUUUUACGAUUUAACAAAUAGCUUUAUGCAAGACGCUCUGCCACUCUGUAAAUAUGAUUCACGCAUUCUGGAGGCUGAAGCAGUCACUUUGGAGGGAGCUAGAUACUCUGACUGUGGAUGACAGGAUGCAGUGACAUCUGAGGCAUUGUCAGUGGGAGUCCUGGAGUUGUACAAAUCCAGCCUGAUGUGACCUGUGCCUUUUAAGGCAUGUGAAAUUCUCCCAUUUAAAAUUCUUUCCCUUAGAGUCAAAAGGCCCCAGUUCUCAAGAAUAACCAGCUACAAGAACAUGAUGUGUGAAAUCCGAAGGUCUCUCUAUGCACUCACUGUGUGCUGGAAGACCAUCCCUGGAGGGGAGACAUAUCAUAGUGUUGUGGACCCUGGACACCACUGCCUUCACAGAGAAGUUUCAGUUUCUACACACAUAUAUGACUGCACCGAUAUAAAUACAAAUAAUAUACAUUUAAACACUUUGCUCAACCUAAAGGUUCAUUUAUUAUCUUCUAAUUUAAAUUAAAAACAUUCUCAUGGGCCCUCAUGUGGCACACUGCCUAGUAUGCUACAAGUAUGUCUCAGUCAGUCUGAGUUACUAUAACACAAUGCCACAGCCUGGGAAGCUUAUAAACAACCCAGAUGCAUUUCUCACAGUUCUACAGAUUGGGAAUUCUGAGAUCAGGUCACUGCAUGUUUGUGUUCUAGUGAGGGCCCCCUUCAAUUUGCAGAUUGCUGGAUCCUUGCUGAAUCCACCCACAGUGGGAAGAACCAUAAGUUCCCUGGGAUAGGACACUGAUCCCAUGUCUGAAGGCUCUUCCCAUAUGAUAUAAUUACCACUCAAGCCUUGGAGUUUAAGGUCUCGACACAUGAGUGGGGUGGAGUGUUACAAAUAUUAAUACUGUAGCAGGGUAAACUGUUCUGACUCAAGUAUUACUAGCACCAAACUAUUUUGCAGUUUUGCAUUUAUCAAAAAUGAUGCAAAUUUUGCACUCUACUAUGUGAUAUACAUUCACACUGGUGAGUGUGUGUCUGUGUCCACAUGCCUGUAUGCAAAGUUCUCCUUGAGUGGAAUUACGCUUCAGUAAGGACAGGCCCGGUUUUUUACUGUGGCUCACCCCUGGCAUCACUGGAAGCCAUAGCUGCAGGUUUGAGAAAGCUGGAUAUUAGCCCCUUAUUACCAUAAACCAUGAUGACAAACUGGGGCUCCGACCCUAUAGAGCCAAUCUAUGACACUGUGUCUUAUUAGAAGAAACUUGUGCUCUGUCUUCAUGCUCACUCCUGUCACGGAAUUUCUACCAGCCUUGGGGUCACCACGAUGUGCCUUUUUGUAUACCAAUGAGAUGACAGCUGUGGGAUGGGAACUGGUUGCCGGAGGAAUUGCCAUGUGAUUACAAGGUUGAAACUUUUAGCCCUAUCCUCAAACCUCCAGGGAAUAGAGAGGGGCUGAUCAUUGAGUUGGUCACCUUGGCCAUUAUGGUAAUCAAUCAUGCCAACGUAAGGAAGCCUCCACAAAAACUCUCCAAAGGUCAGGAUUCUGAGAGCUCUAACACAUGGAGGGUAGGAUCUGCAGAGGAGGCACAGAAACCCUCUGACCCUUCUGCCCACACUUGGCUCUAAGCAUUGCUGCCAUUAGGCUGUGCCUGACUUGUGUGGUAUGUGAAGCAAGUAACAGUAAGCUAAGCACUUUCCUGAGAGCUGAGAGACACCCUUGCAUAUAAUGGAGCCUGAGGAAGGGCUCAUGAGAAACUGAUUCACAGGGGAAGGAGGGAGGGAGAAGAUUAGAUACGAGAGGGGCAGAAGAGAUGCAAUAAAGAAAGAAAAAAUUCAUCAGAGAGAAAUGCUUCUUUUUAGCCCUUCUUGGCUUGGAGCUCCUCUUCCCUUGAGUGUCUGCCAACUUGGAAAAAAGCAGAUGGGAACCAGCCUCACUCUGUCCAUCUCCUGGGCUGGGUGAAAGGUUAGAGAGGCAGUUCUACGAAAGUGGCUUAGUUACAGCAAGCUGCCAGUGAUGGAGCUGGCUCUGAGCACCCGAACCCCAGAGGCUUUCUGCAGUUAGAUAGUGCACACUCAUGGCAAUCACUGCCUCAUUCAGGAAGAUUCAUGCUGAUUAAAAAGAAGCCAGCAGCCUCGGGUACUUUUUAACUGCAGCUUAGUAAGCAGCAGAGUAGCUCACCCUCCUAUUCCGAGCAUGACUCAUCCUAGCAUGAGUUGGGUGCUUCUCCUGACUCCUGGUCUUAAUUCCUCCAGAACACUGCUUAAACUCAGAAAGGAAAGCAGGUGCAAGGAAUUGUAUCUGUCAGGGCUAACUAUGGAGGCAAUGGAUGGAGACAGGGUGGACCAGUUGGUGUCUGCCCUUGAUGUCCCUAGGAACAGGUACCCACCAAGAGGCAUGAAAGCCAGCUGGUUUUGGUAGGGGAAAUUUCAGAAGAGUGGACAGUUGGUUGCCUUAGGUUGGGCAAGCGAUGUUUAAUACAGGAAGCCAUGCAUAAGUGACUUAUUAGUAAGGAAUGUGCUCAAGAGAAACCUGCUAGCAGGAUGGACACAAGGAAGAGUGAGGUUUCAAGUGAAGGCUCAGUCUGCUGGGGAAUUAAGGGUCACUGGCACCUUUCCCUGGGGUCUAUAGACUGCUAACUAGGGCUUCUUCCCCAAGGGGAACUGGGAGUUUUGGUGUGCCUGUGAGUCAUUCCUGAGUAGCGGUGGUCCAGGGGGUGACCCUCCAGAAAGGCUUGCACCACAGUAACUGAAUGAUGGACAUCCUGAAAUUAAGUAUCUGGAGAGGAUGUGGAAGGGUCCCAUUCAAAUCUGCUAUUCCGGCCUCCUUUAGGUCUAGAAGCGAAGCAUACAGCAACAACCCUGGACUACAGCCAAUCAGAGUCCAGGUCGACUUGCUUUUUAAACUUCUAAUUUCCUUUAAAACCCAAAGACAAUAAAUGUGGGUACCAUGUCUUCUUGUAUGGCCAUUGUUCUAAUACAUAAAGGAAAAGGGGAGGAGAAUGCUCAGUGGUAUACCUUGAUGUAUUUGCAUACAAGGAAUAUAUACAAAGAAAAAAAUUCAAUGACAUUUAACACCUAUUUCAUGAAAAUUAUCCUAUGAAUAAACUGUGUAUAAAUGUAAA